UUUAAUCACUGAACUUGCUACCUCUCCAAUAUAUUGAUCCUUAUUGGACAAAAUUACAAGGAAACUCAAUGGGAAGACAGAAUCAGAGUAGAGAUUCGACUUCUCAAGGUAAACAACACUUCAGUCAUCCCCACAUCUUGAAACCUGUGAAUCCAACUGAAGCUGAAACUCUCACUUGCAAUGCUUGUGAGAAACCAAGCAAUAGAAAUAAGCCAUUCUAUGGCUGCAAUAGCUGCCAGUAUUUCCUUCACGAAAACUGCUUCAACGCUCCUCGUUUUCUCAAUCAUUCAUCUCAUCCUUCCCACCCUUUAACCCUUCUCCCAAUGCCAACUUACUCGAGUCGUUCUUAUACUUGCAAGGCUUGUGGCUCUGCUGGCAAUGGAUCUUGCUUUAGCUGUGCUUGUUGUGAAUUUGAUAUUCACUUGCAAUGUGCUUCUUGUCCAAGCUCAAUAAUUGUUGACAAACACCCGCAUCAAUUGGGACUCCACUUCGGUUCUCCUUACCAAGAUAAAAAUAUCGAAUAUGUUUGUGAUAUCUGCAAUGUCAUAAUGAACAGGGAAAGUUGGUUGUACUAUUGUGCUUGUUGUGAUUUUGGGUCGCACUUACAGUGCGCAAUUAGUCCUGAAGUUGGUGUUUUCCCCAGACAGCAGCGUCCGAGUCCAAAUCCAAAUCCAACAGUGGAAACGAUAAAUUCAGUAAAUGAAGCUCAUGAGCAGAUUAUUGCAGCUCAACUUCGCGCUCAGAUUGAGGCACGAGGAAGAGAGGCAGCUCUGGACUUAUUCAGGACACCAAGAAGAUACAGUUACAUCUAAUUAACUGUAUCGUGAUCAUCAUUUAAUGCAUCCGCUUUUACGUUCUGUUUUUAUUGCAAAAUAAAUGGUUUGUUGUGUUAUUUCAAUUUCGAAUACUCUUCUUUUUAACAUUUGUCCUUUGAUCAUCGAUGAUCAAUUUCUCCGUUUUCUUUA